UAAAUGCAUUACAAACUGGCACUAAAGACAGAAAAAAAGAAUUGCUUUAAAGCUUUUUUGAUCUCUUGUUUUGAAAUACUAAAACGCAAACUAGCGCGUGUACAUCCGGUGUGGCAGUGACGCGGGCGGAAGUCGUCGCUCCGUGUCAGCAGAUAGGAAAUGGAGAGAGAAGGGGCCUCAUCGAUAGAUUAGCGGCGGUGAGAGUGACCGAUGCUGGUGAACGGAACCCAUGGAGCCCCAUGAGGAGAAACCCAUCAUCUACACGAUGGAGAACAAACCCAUAGUGACCUGUGCGGGCGAUCAGAACCUGUUCACAGCUCUGUACGGAUCACUGACCCAGCAGCUGCCCAGAGAGCCCAUGGAGUGGAGGAGGUCUUACGGACGAGCACCGAAGAUGAUCUAUCUGGAGGCUAAUUUUGUCCAGUUUAAGGAGGAACUGCUUCCUAAAGAGGGAAAUAAAGCGCUGCUGACGUUCCCCUUCCUGCACAUCUACUGGACCGACUGCUGCGACUCGGAGGUGUACAAGGCGUCGGUGAAGGAGGACAUGCAGCGCUGGCAGGCUGCUCUGCGUCUGCACGGUUCGGUGGAUUGGCUCAUCGCGGUGGUGGAGAGCGACAACAAGAAGAAGAACAAGACCAACAUCCUGCCGCGCACCUCCAUCGUCGACAAGAUCCGCAGCGACUUCUGCAACAAGCAGAGCGACAGGUGUGUGUCUCUGUGCGAUCCGCUGAAGGAGUCGUCGCGCUCGCAGGAGUCCUGGAGCUCGUUCCUCACCAAGCUGCGCACGCUGCUGCUCAUGUCCUUCACCAGGAAUCUGGGCCGCUUCGAGGACGACAUGAGGACGCUGCGAGAGAAACGCACCGAGCCCGGCUGGAGCUUCUGCGACUACUUCAUGGUGCAGGAGGAGCUGGCGUUUGUGUUCGAGAUGCUGCAGCAGUUUGAAGACGCUCUGGUCCAGUAUGAUGAACUCGACGCUCUUUUCACACAGUAUGUGCUCAACUUCGGCGCUGGAGACGGAGCUAACUGGCUGGGCUCGUUCUGUCAGCCGGUGCGCAGCUGGAUGUGUGUGUCUGUGGAGAGCGGCGGUCUGGACUGCUGGGUGUUUCUCAGCUCUCUGGAGGUCCUGCACCGGAUCGAGGGCUGCUGCGACCGCAGCCAACUAGAGGCUAACUGCUCCCACACCGUGGGCCUGUGGACCUACGCCACGGAGAAGCUGAGGUCUCUGGGUGAUCUGUGUGGUCUGGUGUCUGAGAACGGCCCGGACUCUGAGGACCUGAACAAAACCGUCGACCUGCUGGCUGGUCUGGGAGCAGAGAGACCCGAAACGAUCAACAGUCCUCAGAGUCCCUAUAAGAAGCUGAAGGAGACGCUAUCAUCCGUGGAGGCUUUUGAGAAACACUAUCUGGAGCUGUCUCACGCCGCUAUGGAGAUGUACAGAGCGAUCGGGCGGCUGCGCUCGGCCCGGCUGGUGGGGAAGAGUCUGGCUGAGUUCUACAUGAGGAAGGGUGACCCCCAGAGCGCUGAGAACUUCCUGCUGGAUUCUCUGAAGUCAUACGUGUCGGAGAGCUGGAGUCUGCCGCUCACACACACACGCAAACAGAUCGCAGAGUGCCAGAAACAGCUGCAGAAGAUGGACGAGUAUCCUUCACUCAUCACUGAGAGACGCGUCACACACCAAUGCUCGUGUGGCUCUGAGCAUGAGCUCCUUCACUCGGCUGCAGGAGCUGCGUUUCCGUCCGUCCUCGGCGCUGGUGCAUGUGAGCGCCGCCCUGCAGCUGGAGCUGCGUCUCUGCAGUCUGAUGCCCGUUCCUGUGACGCUGGAGCAGAUCUCCGCAUACACUUCACACAGGAGCAGCCGGGCUCCACGGCUCAGAAACGAGCCGCUCAGAACCCAGACGGCACCGUCACCUUCCCCGCAGCCAGCCCUGCGUCUGCGUCUGCGCUGGAGCUCUGCGAGAUCCUGGAGCACAGUCCGUCUGAUAACGCGCUGAGCUCCGCCGGCGUGGCCUGCAGGAACAUGCACCUGCUGAUGCGUCGCCAUGACAGCACCACGUCUCUGGACACGCCCAACACCGCGCCAGCCGUCGCUAUGGAGGAUGCGGCGCAGAUGCUGAGGGCCAGUGAUGUCACUCUGUUGCCUGGCAACAACAGCAUCGUCUUCACCGCACCAAGUCAGAAGCCGGGCUCGUAUACUCUCCGGCAGCUGUGUGUGACGCUGGGCCGCGUGCAGUUCAUUCUGCCCCAUAUUUACCCUGUGGUUCAGUAUGAGGUUUACUCACAGGAGCCUCAGCUCAGCAUCCAGCCGCUCACAGAGCACCUGUUGGCCGGUCUGCCGCAGCAGGUGAAGUUCACUAUCCUGACGGGUCACUAUUCGGUGAAGAAGGGCGACGCUCUUCAGCUCAGUAACACUGACUCCAUGCCUGUGCUUCACUCGUCCACAUGCAGCGCCCGCAUCCUCAGCAGCAGCGCAGGUGAGAGAGACACACGCCACAAUCAGGUACAUUACCAAAACACACAGGGACUUUGGCUUGCUGACGGAAGCAGCUUUCAGUGUGUGUGUGUGCAGCUGGUCUUCAGGCAGCAGUGUGUGUUCAGCGUGUGGGAGCUGCGGUGGAGCGGUGUGUCGCCCGUCUCUGUGCACUGCGAGUUCUCAGCCGCUUUCGCUCCUGCAGACGCUCCGGACGCGGCACUCAAACCCUACAGAUACGACUUCACUCUGGAACGAGUUUCAACGCUGUACAGCGUGCGAGCAGAGAUCCGGCCGGCGGUGGGAGAGCAGCAGUGUUGCACCGGUUCUCUCUGCAGGCUGGAGGUGUCUCUAACGCGUCUCUCUGAAGCCAGCGACUCAGACGAGGAGUACAGCGAGACAGACGGCCUGCGCAGCAGCAGACUCCUGUAUGAAGUGAUUGACAACAGCAGUAACUGGGCGGUGUGCGGGAAGAGUUCAGGGGUCGUCUCCAUGCCGGUGGCUGCCAUGGCGACACACAAGGUUCACAUGGAGGUCAUGCCUCUGUUCGCGGGUCACCUGCUCGUCCCCAGCAUCCGUGUGUUCAAGUACCAGCCGCGCCUCGCCAGCCCCGUCAUCCAGCCGGACACCGACUCGUGUCUGGAGAACGACAGUCUGUCUCUGGAGGAUCAGGCGGAGACGGCGAGUCUGCGCAGCCGAGGCAGUGUCCAGUCUCUGGGCAGCGGAGAGUCUGCGCAGCCGCGGGGCCCGAUGCCCAAACGCCAGGCUUUCGGCCCCGGACAGGUGUUCAGCGGCACACAGGGCCAGCAGGUGUUAGUGCUGCCCGCCGCUGACCUUCACCUGAUGGAGGUCAACGUCACAUGACACGAAUCACUGGAGCCUGAGACUCGCCUCCAUCACGCACCUCAUGAGACACGCUGGACCCGGUGUCUCUCAGACAUCCCAUAAUGCCUUGCAGCCCCUCCUCUGUGUGCUCAGGUGUGUGUGUGUGCGAGUGUGUGCGUGCGUGAGAGUGUGUGAGUGUGUGUGUGUGUG